UUCGGAUGAUAAAAAUUUACCUAUCCUUGAACUUGCUAUGGGAUCAGGCUCUAAGCUUCUACCUUCUUUUUUCUCUCUUUUUUCUCCUACUCUCGGCAAAGCAUAAUAAUUAUAAACUAUGGAAGAAGAAGCAUUGAACCCACGUCGAAUUGCCACACCUGUAGAAGAUGAUGGCAUGAGUUGGCCAAGUCUAGGUGCUCGUAAACGUCGUGAUGAAACACCAGAGCAACGAGUGGAACGGGAAAAUAAAAUAGCAGAUGCAGUAAAAACAAUUUUGACAUGCAUUGGCGAAGACCCUGAAAGAGAAGGGUUACUUAAAACUCCAGAACGCUAUGCUAAAGCGCUAAUGUUUUUCACCCAAGGAUAUGAAAGAAAUAUUCAUGAGGUGAUUAAUGAUGCUGUGUUUGAAGAGGAUCAUGAUGAAAUGGUUCUUGUUAAAGAUGUUGACGUAUUUUCACUUUGUGAGCAUCAUAUGGUUCCCUUUAUGGGUAAGAUUCAUAUUGCAUAUAUACCCAAUCGUCGUGUUGUAGGCUUAAGUAAACUAGCGAGAAUUGCGGAAAUGUUUGCAAGAAGACUCCAAGUUCAGGAACGUAUGACAAAGCAAAUUGCUACAGCACUGAUGGAAAUCCUUCAACCUCAGGGUGCUGCUGUUGUCAUGGAAUGCUCUCACCUGUGCAUGUGUUCAAGAGGUGUGCAGAAACCUGGAAGCUCAACUAUCACGAGUUGUAUGUUGGGCGUCUUCCGUAGUAGCCCGCGAACAAGAGAGGAAUUCCUUAAUUUAAUUAGACGUUAAUCAGUAGAAGUUUUCUCAUACACACAACAAGAUUCUUACAUCCUGAAAUCCCCACAUAAACUCCAUCAACAACAACAUGCUCUUUUUGAUUAUCUCAUGAAUUAUAUCUUUCUUUUUCUUUACCUUUCAUUAUAUGUAUGUAUAUAUCCCAUCUCACUAGCUUGAUAAAAUAAACUGCGAUUUUGUUCCACUGUACACAUGAGUUUA